AUGGGCGUGUUCUGUGACAUUGCUGCUGUAAUAAUACGUGAACUGAGUGCUUGUAGUAGACACUGGACAGAAAGUCGACACAGAAGUCAUUUUCGAACAGUUCUUAACAUCCUGACCGUCAAAAUGGAUCCCUUGUCAGCUGGCCUAAUAGCAGUGGAUUUCCUUUUGAUUUUUACGAUUAUUUUCACUAACACAUUUGCAAUCGUCUUUAUAUUGAAGAAAUCAAAGAGAAAUUCUAAAAAUUUACUUUUAGUUUCUCUUUCCCUUUCAGAUAUUGCUGUUGCAAUUUUUGUCAUCCCUAACGUUAUUUUCUUGAAAUUGCACAACUCUUCUGUAAGCCCAAUGAUAUGCCAAAUUUGCUUGUACGCAGAAUACAUGGCAAGUGCAGCAAAUGUCUUUUCUAUUUCCGUUCUGGCUUUGGACAGAUUCAGAGCUUUAGUUUAUCCUCUACAAAACAAGGACCCAAGACGCGAGGUGGUAUACGGCAGUAUUGUACUGAUUUGGGUUGCAUGCCUUUUCUAUGCUAUACGGGCACCUGUUGUUUUCAGGGGUAAGAUGUUCAAAGUUGGAAGCGGCAACUCGACGACUGUAAAGUAUGGAUGUGCUGUACCAGACCCUCUUCUAAGUCUGCAUGCUGGAUUUAUUGUGCUCGACUUCGUCAUUCUCUUUGCCAUCCCAGCUGUAAUUUUAAUUGGCUGUAAUGUUAAGGUUUCUCUAGAACUGUUUAAUAACACACCUGUAGCGUCCACGAUGCCAGAGACCAUAGCAAAGAGACGCAGAAGGGCCGUGCGAAUUUUGCUUAUCCUGAUUUUAAUAUUCAUUGUUCUCAAUUUUCCGUUACAUUCUUUUCGAUUGGCCAGACAUGUCUUUAAGCAGACUAUUACUGGAGCGUCAACAAUCGGACAUGUAUUUCUGAUUCUUACCUUUACCAACAAUUCCUUGAACGUUUUCUUCUACGCUUUGUUAAACGAGGACAUAAAGACGAUCUGCUUGAUGUGUUGCAAAAGGGGGAAGAAAUCAGGUAGUUCCUUCAGCUAG